UACCUGACUGGAAAUCACACUAACAAGGCUCAAACAUACAAGUUCUGACAACCCUGUUGUCGGGCAGCGCUGAUCUCAGGAUUUCCCACUCAGCCUCUGGCAGAUGUGCCAUGUGGAGGAGCUGCUGGAGGGAGCGGAGAAGGCAGCCGGGGAGGUGCUGAUCUCAUUUUCUUAGAAGAUUCCUGUUUUAUUGCAGGUUUUUGGGCUGCCCAGAGUCAGAAUGUUAGAAGCAGGGGGGCAGAUGUGCCAGCUUGCUGCAGUGAUGAACAUAAGCAAGAAAAGCCAGAUGGAAGUCGGUAGGAAAACAGCUACUUUAUGACAUUCACAGCACUUCACUGUAGGCUUUCCUCUCAGAUGGGACUAAAAUAUGCAGGACCACCCUGACUAACGCUGGCAUUUGAGUUUAAAUAUUGCUUUCCAAGAAAAGAGAACUUUUUUUAACAAGUAAGUCUGACUUUUCCUGUCAGAAGGGAAGCACACCUGCUCCGCCAAGUGAAGGCUGAGGGAGCAGCUCCCUGCCUGCCCGAGGGCCGGUCCUACAGAGCAGGUAGGGUAGGGGGAGAGGAUAGAGGAGCCAGCAGGGCAGCGGGAGCGCCGCACGGUUGGCGAAGCGCUGCGAGGAGCAGAGCUGUGAGGAACAACGCGCGCCUUCCCACCUCUGCCCGAAAGGGCGGGAACGGAGCGCGCAGGCGCAGUGCGGCCUCUGACGUCGUGACUGAGGCGGCGGGGCCGGGAUGUUGCAGCGGUGUUGAGCUUGCCCUGCCGGCUUUCAGUCGUGAUGUGUUAAAAAGCCUUUCGCAGUCGUGGCGUGAGGUGUUUUCUGCUUGCUUUUUGUCUCUCUUAGAGCGUAGACAUGUCGCAGCAGGCGCAGCUGAUGGAGCUGCUGAAGAAGGAGGUGAGGUCGCAGCUGCUGGCUGCCAAGGAGGGCCUCACCCCGGCCCAGCUGGAGCAGGAGUACCUAGCCAUGGUCGGCAGGCCACUGCCGCUUCGUGACCUGGGAUUCUGCUCCACCAUGGAGCUGGUGGCCAGCAUGCCAGGAGUGGUCCGGAUCUGCCCCAACGGCAAUGGAGGGUUUCUCCUCAAAGCUGUUGCAGAUGAGACCACCAAAGAUAUUUCCAAACUGAUUUCCAGACAGAAAACAAGUGGUAAAGCACGGAGUGUUGCUAGGAAGGGAAGGGCUGCUUUUCUCUCUCAGAAUCAGCGGGGUUUGCCUCCAAAGGGCAAGACUCGUGCCCUGCCAGCAGCAGUGAAGAGGGAGCUGCAAGAUCUCUUGAGUUCCUCACCACUUCUGCUCUUGGAUUUCAACAAUGCGUACUACACACGCUUCAAGCGGACAUUCCAGUACAGGCAAUAUGGAUUUUUCUCCAUAUUUGAAGUCUUCGAAAGCAUGUCUGAUACAAUUAUGGUUAAGGAGACAAGAGGAGGUUCCUUGAUAACCCUGAAAAAGAGCUCCUCAAGUGAGAUAGAGCAGGAGAAGAUGCCACAAGCACCCGUGGCUGAGCUGCCUCCUUUGGAACCCAGCUGUGAGACAGAAAUCUUCCAUCAGGCAGCAGAAGAGAAGUCAGAACCAGUGGACACACAAGGAGUAGGUCUGGGUGAUGGCCUGAAACAGCCUCAAGAUUUAGAACAGUCCAGGCUGGAUAUAAUGAUGGUAACUUCAGACAUCCCUCCAGACGCAGUUCAGGAUAGAAGACUUCGCAGUUUACCUCCACUGGAGACAAGGUGCUUGGUGGGAGUAAUUGUGAAUUUAAUAGUCUCUCCUGGUGAGUUCUACAUCCAUGUCUGCAGCGCAGAAACUUCUGACAAACUGUGGGAUCUCAUGAUUGAGAUGAGAUGCUGUUAUUCAAAUAAGCUUGUUUCUGAUCGUUACAUCAUGCCUGAGUCUUCGGUACAGCCUGGACAGCUUUGCUGUGUGAUGUUCUUGCAGUGGUGGUACCGGGUUAUCAUCCACCGUGUGAUCAGUGACCAAGAAGUGGAGGUGUUCUACCCUGAUUAUGGGAAUGUAGGCAUUGUUCAGAAGUCUUGGCUGAGAUUCCUCAAAUGGUGCUACUUGAAGCUCCCAGCUCAGGCCAUCCCGUGUUCCUUGGCAUGGGUGAAGCCUGUGGAGGAUACGUGGAGCAGGGAAGCAACUCUCCAGUUCCAGGAGCUGUGUUACUCAAAGGUCCUUGUGGGCAUCGUGGAUGAAUAUGUGAAUGGCAUUUUGCAUCUCUUUCUGUGCGACACAUCCUCUGAGGAAGAUGUCUACAUUCACUCUGUCUUGAAAGAUAAGGGAUAUGCUGACAUCUGCAAAGAGAACUUACCUUCCCAGGGGUUCAAGGAAUUGAAUUCUUUAGCCUUGUAUGUUCAGCCCAGUGCAAAGCAGGAGAGUGCUGAACUGGUGGAGCCAGACCUUUGCUUGCAGCAGGAUUCUGUAGGUACAGAUAAUGAAGCAUCAAGCUCCAGACUGGAUGAGGAUGAACUGUGUAAUCAGAACCUAUAUACAGAGGAGAAAUGGGAUGAUGUGCAGCCACUUCCAGAUGAAGUAAAUGACUCCGAAACUCCAGACCAAGGCCCUGAAUUCGAACAGGAGGAUACAAAUAAAUCUUCCACUGACCUUAUGGCAUUGGUUAAGACACCUCAUCCUCUUGGAGAGUCCUUAAGGCCUACUGUCUUCUUCAAGUCAUUGGAAGACUACUUCUCCUUCCUCUAUGUCAAGCAACCAGCAGAAACGAGCCAAAAUGGCCCUAAUAAUGUAGAAGGAUUUUCCAACAAAGCCCAGUCUUGUGAAGUUCUACAUGCCUCUCUUCUGCUUAUGGCAGCACCAUUUAUGCUGGACAACCGUAACAGUGAUGAGAAAAUGAAGAACAAAAACCUUCCUGAGAAUCUUGCUCUUGUCCAGUGCAGUGCCAAAGCGCUGUCUGAGCAAGAGAUGUCCUGCAAGCUCUACAUCCCUCCUACCACAUUGUCUGCCGUGUUGGCGGCUGCUGCACGCUUAGCCACUUGUCGUGGCUACUUCCACUGGCUCCCAGGCCCAAGAAAGGAGCUGUAAGAAGAGGUGAGAGAAGCAGAUGGAGCUGCUGCUGAGGAAGGCUCCGUGGAGCAGUGAAAUAUUACCGUGCUGUCAUUCUUUUAAUUAAAAAGCACUUGUUUGAAAAACUUGUGUGACAUCUUCUCAGACGUACCUGGUGCCUGUAGCACAUGUUUUUUUUAGUUGAGGAAAAUACUUGUACUGGUCUUGUACUGCUUUAUUGCUCUUUAAUGAUUCAGAAGAACAUCUUGAGUGUCAGGUUGUGUUCUAACCUGAGGAGAGGAAAACUGGAAAUGCAUCCC